UGGUCAAAAUGAAAUCGUAUAUUCUAUUGUGUGCGGUAUUGUGCUUGGGAGUGGCAAUAGCUGAUUUGGACAAUGUGACAGACAUCACGGAUGCCGAGGUAUAUUGCAAAUAUCAAGCGUAUUUGCAAACCUUGGAUUUGGCUGAGAAAAUAAAAAAUGGCACCAUGGAGAUCAUAAAUCUAACAGAUGUUGUCACAAAUUAUGUGGCAUGCAAAUACAACGCUAAAGAAGAAGACACCCUCGAAAACAGAUUUGCAGAUUCCGAUACAGCCGUUGUGCAAAACAAAACUAGUGAUAUAAUAAAAUGCGUCCUAACUAACGUUUUGGAUAUGGCAAAAUGUAUAGUGAACGAUGAACUAACUGGCGACAUGAAAUGGAAGUGGUCACCAUUCCUAAAGUGCGUCAUGGGAUGGGUGCCAAUGUUAUUAAAGUGUGUCCCAUUACAACCCUAAUGUACAUCAGUACAUAUAUGAAAAACUGUGACUAAGUUUCAUUAUAAAGUGUAAAAAUUAUUAUGUGUAAUCUUUCUUUAUUAAUAUUACAAAUUUGCCAAAUUAUUUAUUGGUCUUUCU